UUGAAAGCAAGCGAAGCUGCAGCACAUAUAGUCUAUGUCAACCCAAACCCAUACAAAUAUAAAAGGGUUCGCUUUCUUGGUAAUUUUUUUUUACGCCAUGAGUCGUUUCCACUUUCCCAUCGCAGUAGACAUCAAAAAUAUAAACGGUUAGUUGAUGAUGAAGAUGUGGCGCUAAAAUGUAGGCAAUGGAUACGUGAAGAAUCAGAGGUAAAUGGCGUUAGUCUAUCCCAGUUUAAACAAUACAUUGAUUCUGCCAUAUUACCUGAGUAUACAGGAGGGACAAGGAAGUCAAUUAGCCUGAGAACGGCUAAAAGAUGGUUGAAUGUUUUAGGUUGUCAGUUUAAAAAAUACCGGAAGGGUAUGUACUUUGAUGGACACGAACGAAGAGACGUUGUUGAAUAUCAGAGUAAGUUUUUAGAGGAAAUAAAGAAUUUAGAGCGACGGAUGAAGACGUAUGAAGGAGAAAAAAUGGAACCGGUCCUACCGAUGCUUGGAGUAGGAGAGCAAGAGCUGAUUUUUAUCACUCAUGAUGAGUGCAUUUUUUAUUCAAAUGAUGGAAAAAGAGGGAUCUGGGUGUAUAAUGGGAUGAUGCCAUUGCGUAAGAAAGGUAAUGAAAAAUCGAUUAUAGUGAGUGAAUUUAUUUUGGAAGCAUGUAGCAGAUUACAACUAAGUGAGGAAGAAAAACAAAAAAAUCCUAAUGUUCCUGCAGAAGCGCGCUGUUAUUUAAAACCCGGUAAAAAUGAAGAGAAUUACUGGACAAUCGAACAUUUAUUAAACCAAAUCCAAAAAAAAGCCAUCCCUAUUUUUGAAGCAAAAUUUCUUGGUGCAAUGGCUGUUUUCGCUUAUGACAACAGUACAAAUCACGUGGCAUUUGCAGAUGAUGCUCUUAUAGCGAAAAAAAUGAACAAAGGACCCGGAGGAAAGCAAAAUAUUAUGUAUCCGACAACCUUCAUUGAUAUCAAUGGCCGACGAAAAGAGCAGAAAAUGGUAUUUGAGGAGGAUUACCCCGAUCCCAAUAUGAGAGGAAAGCCAAAAGGAAUAAAAAAGGUGUUAGAGGAAAGAGGACUUUGGAAAGAAGGGUUAAAUUUAGAUUGUGAAAAGUGUAAAAAAAAGGAGGAUUCAGGUCGAAUAGAUUGCUGCUUGAGAAAAAUUAUGGCCUCUCAACCAGACUUUGUCACCCAAAAGUCUGCUAUUGUGGAAUUAAUUGAAGGUGCUGAAACUGUUCCACAAACGCUUGAUUCAGUAAAUGUCAUUACAAUUAGGAAGUUUGCUCGCAAAUCGUGGAGAUAUAUGGAGUUAUACUGUGAAGGGUUAACAGGAAAGUUAGCAGAAUAUGCGUGUAAAAAUUUUAAAUUCCAUAGAAGAGUUCCUCAAAAUGAAUUGGAUUUAUUUGUGCAAGAAAAUAAGGAAAUAGAUU